UUGGUUUCCGGUUUUUAGAAUAGUACAAACAAACAAACCAAGAACACAAAGUGUUGAUGAUCUUUGACUUGUUUGACAUAAGUACAGUGAAUAAUUAUUAUAAAAGUCAUAAAGCUGUUUAAUGGUAUGAGUGCAGUGUUGAUGUCAGUGGUGAUUGGAGUUAUUGGACUUGUUUUAUUCUACAUCACAGAAAAGGUCAUCCAGUUCCUAAAAUGGCACAGAAAAAUGAAGAAAAUAUUGUCUCAUUUCCCUGGACCAAAGCCUCAUUGGUUCUUUGGUAAUGCUUUGCAGAUUGGAACUUUCCAUGAUUUUGUGACUAGAAUGCAUAAAGAAUAUGUAGAACACUUGCGUACCAAAGGUUAUAGUUUCUGGGUGUUUACAGUGCAGCCUGUAAUAUUUCUGACACACCCAGACACUAUCAAAGUGAUUAUGAAGUCUAAUGCACCAAAAGCUAAGGGUAACAUAGGAUAUAGCUUCAUGAUUCCAUGGAUUGGUGAUAGCUUACUUGUGACACAUGGAUCAAAAUGGGAGAGGAACAGAAGACUACUGACACCAGCAUUCCACUUCAGUGUAUUGAAUGGUUACUUCAAAAUUUAUAACAACGUGGCAGAUACGUUGCUGGAGAAAUUUUCUAAUGGUAGUAAAAGUGGAAAGUAUAUAGAAGUAUAUCAGGCCUCAGCUUUAGCUGUGUUAGACUCUCUAUUGCAGUGUUCAUUAUCAUACAAAGGAAAUAUACAAUCAGUUGGUGAAAGUCAUCCAUAUGUAAAAGCUGUGAAGAGACUUGUAGAAUUAGUGAUGGCUAGAAAUCUGAAUUUACUGUUUUAUCCUGAAUGGCUGUAUAGAUUAUCUCCCAGUGGUAAAGAAUUUUUCCACUUGUGUGAUUAUGUUCAUCAGUUUGCUGAAGAUAUUAUUGAAAAGAGGAAGCAAGAAUUGAUGAACAAAGUCAGUAUCAACAAGAAAAGACAAAUGGAUUUUCUGGACAUUUUAUUGACAGCUAAAGAUGAUAAUGGAAAAGGAUUGACAGAUGAGGAAAUAAGAAGUGAAGUCGACACAUUUAUGUUUGCUGGUCAUGAAACUACAGCAAGUGUUUUGAGUUGGAGUAUAUAUGCUCUUGGUAAAUAUAAACAUAUACAGGACAAGGUUUAUACAGAGGUCAAAAAGGUCAUUGGGGACAAACAGCAUAUAGAUGGUGAUGAUAUAUCUGAGAUGAAGUACCUGUCUUGUUUCCUAAAGGAAGUGAUGAGACAUUAUACUCCAGUUCCUCUUAUAGCCAGGACACUGGAGAAACCCACUGUAGUCAAUGGAGUAGAACUUCCAGAGGGAAUACUCACAAUUCUAGGAAUUCAUAGUGGCCAUCACCAUCCAGAUGUAUGGGAAGAUCCUUGGGUAUUUAAACCUGAGAGAUUUGAAGGCAGUAUACAACGUGACAUGGAUCCUUACAGUUUUACUCCAUUCUCUGCUGGACCAAGAAACUGUAUUGGACAGUCAUUUGCACAAAGUGAAGAGAAAGUUCUUAUAGCCAGAAUUAUCAACAGAUUUGAAAUUUUGUUGGAUCCUGACCAUAAGGUAGAGCCUUUCAUUGAAUUUGUAAUGAGAGCUAAAAAUGGAAUAAUGGUCAGUUUUAAAGACAGGAGUUGAUAUAUAUUUAAGAUAGAAAUUGAAGAAAAUUCCAUAGAAAUGCAGUCUUUGAUUUAUGACUGAUUCAGAAGAAAUUCCCUAUAAGCUGAAUUGAUGUUUUAAACAUUUGUUGUCUCAGGGUAUUUGUGAUACUUUUUAUACAAUUAUUUAUAAAUAAAAUUAAUUAUAUUACAUA